AUGGUGUCCGUUGAGAGAAUAGAGGACUAUCUCACGAAUGUGGAAAUGGAGGAUGAUAGGGGUGAAGCAGAGGUCGCUUUCGAUUUCGCUGGCCGUAUUCAAUUCGACCAGGCCCUCCUUCGGAUGAUACCGAUAGAGUCUGGCAAAAUAACGCUCGAUGGAGUGUCCAUUUCUUCGAUUCCUCUGCCUGUAUUGCGACGUGCAUUUGGUGUGGUGCCGCAACAUCCAUUCAUAUUCAGCGGGUCUCUCUAUGAAAAUCUGAUAGUCGGCUGCGAGCACGUCGACCAAAGUCAAGUUGCCAAUAUCGCUCGUGUGGCACAUCUUGAUACACUAAUGACCCGAAUUGGUGGUCUUGAUGGUCAAAUUGACGAAGGCGGCAAGAAUCUCUCGUUCGGAGAACGGCAGAUAAUUUCAAUUUGUCGGGUGCUGCUAGCAAAAUGCAAGUUGUACCAGUCACCGUUCGAAUUGAUUCCGCUCCGUAGGUAG